AUGGCUGCCACUCAAAGGAGCCAGUGCAGUGAGGGCUCGGGCCGGCAAGAGGAGGAGGGUCCAAGUCCCUCGCAGGAUGAGAAUGUUCCUCAGAUCUUGCGCAGUGUGCUCCUAAAUGACAAGUUACAUGAUCUGGUGCCCUUACUGUUCCGCAAGUAUCAACAGAAGGAGCAGAUCACCAUGGAGGAAAUGCUGCACGUUGUGGAUGAUGAUUACCAUGAGCACUUCCCUCUGAUCUUUAGGGAACUCUGUCAGUGCAUGUGUCUGGGCUUUGGCAUUGAGCUGAGGGAAGUGGAUCCCCCUGGCCAGACAUACGAGCUUCUCCCUGUCCUGGGCCUCACUUACAAGGGGAUCCUGGAUGACGAUGUCCAGGUCAUUCCCAAAGGGAACCUCCUGAUAGUCAUCCUGAGUGUAAUCGUCAUAAAGGGCGACCGUGUCAAGUACCUGGUGUACCAGCAGGUUCCUAAUAGUGAUCCUGCUCGCUGUGAGCUGCGGUGGGGUCCACGGGCCCACGCUGAAACCAGCCCAGUGAAAGUCCUGAAGCACAUGUUCAGUCUUGAUAGGACAGAUCCCAGGUCUUACCCACAUCUACAGGAGCAGGCGCUGAGAGAGGCAGAAGGUCUGUCUGAGGCCCUUGAGGGCGAGGAUGAGUGA